AUGCAAACGAGGUCAUCAGCGGCAGCCAACGCUGAGAAACCGUACGGCGACGUAUCGUUCACGCUCGAGUCUGGUUUGUCCACGGAUGAAAUUUUGAGGAAAUCUGAUUCGUCCUCGGCGAUUGUUUGGGACGAGUUUGAAUCGGAGAAAAUCAACUCGACGUCCGAUUUAUCCAAACAACGACGACGACGACGAGAAGAUGGAGAAGGAAACCACGACGACGACGACGACGACGAAAAAGUUAUCAAAGCGCCGGGUGCCGUCUUGAACGUAAAAUCGAGCAAGAAUUUAGACGUCCUCUCCACGUCGGAAAAUAUCGGCGUCAUGAUUGCCGUCGCCAGUCAAACGACAACCGCGCAAGACGUUUUGGACUUUUAUUCUCCCUUGGCGAAAUCCCACGUCGACGUCGGCAACGGCACGGGCGCUCCUGCCGCUGACGCCGCGGGUGGCGAGACACAAAAAAACCGCCGAUGGUCAAUCGGGAACAACACGGAGAUGACGAACAAAGAGAGAACGGACUUGUUGAGAAAGUUCUUGUGCGAGUGCGCGAAGAAAGGCAGUUUCAGUUUGAUCAUUUACGACGCGCACAGCGGGAGAGUGUGCGCGGCGCGCACGGCAGCCUCACCCAAAUUGUUUUUCGGCUUUGAUACCAUAAAAAAUAAAAAUCCAUCGAACGCAAACGAGGAAUGCAAGAGAGGCUUGUGCGUCUCGACGGACGAGAAGAGUUUAAUGAACGUCGACUUUUCUAUCUUACCUUCGGGUAGAUUCAUUUACGGCAGACAAUACGUGAAGCCGAUGGAGUUUACGGAGUUUUGGUCGACGGCGAGAGCGAACCGACCAGCGGUGCCGGCGAAGCAAAACUCGCCGGAACCGCGUUUGUCCGGAGAUUCAAUGAACUCUGCAGUAUCGAAGGAGGAGAAGAUAAUGAGUACAAGCAAUAGUGUUCAAACAACGCCUAGAUCGAAAGGUGGCGCGAGGUCAGACAAUCCAUACACGCCAGAUUCUGGAAUGAAGGACGACUACAUGAAAGCCAUGCGAUACGCGCCGACGGGCUCGAGAGGAGAUUUAAGAGACGUUUGGAACGCUGGCCGAGGCUCUUCGGCAGACAUUAACCCAGAAGAAGCGAAGAAAAUUCAAAAGCAAGUGGAAGAAAUUUCGAAAAUGUCGAGUGCGAUGAAGAGAGAACUCAUCAAUAACAAGAACAAAGAAGAUGAAAAUACUACGCCGAAAACACGCAUGGCGGAAAAUGAUACGGAUAAUACUCACGGACCUCCACUGAAGAAGAUUUCAAUCGAUCGCGCGUAUAGACCUCCAUCAAUGCGCAAAGAAAUGGAGGAGAAAAAGCAAAAGAAUUCUGAGAUAAAACUCCAAGAGAGACAGUUGGCGGAAUCUCUCGGAUAUUCCUUGACACACGCGCUUAUGCGAAUGAGCGAAGACCGUUUGAGCGGGGAAACGAUGCGAAGCUUGACGGAAUUUCACACUGCUAUUGCGAGUAAGAAAAAGGAAUCCGAAGUUCAAAAGAUGAGCAGUUUCUUUGCCUCUUCAUCUAUCCCUGAAAACAAGAGCACGUAA